CUUUCAGUCCGCGUAGUCUGCGCGAUCACGGAGAACAUGCCUUUUGACUCUACCUUACAACCUGUUCAAACGGUGAUUCCUUACAUGAUCGUGUCUGCGUAGGGGACAAGCGCUCACCGCCGCCAGCGCUGAAAAAGGCUCGAGCGUUCAUGUACCGCAAGAUCGUCGACUCGGUGUCUGAAUUUCUUGGAAAAGGAAACGACGAAGGUGAUUUUCUGCGAAGCUCGAGCGCGCCAGUCGAUCUCACAGAGGAUAACGAUGCCGGCAAGAGCUCAGCACCCAACAUUAGGCCACCUCCCUUGCCCUCCAGACCUACUACGUACAAUACAAAGAAACUCCGUGAGAGAAUAGACGACCCAUAUCCCGAACCGCCAUCCAGGAUCCUGAAAACAGAGAGUGCCUCCAUGACCCACCAGCGCAAGGCGGAGAAAAAGGACGAGCUUCGUUUGCUGGGAAAUUUUCGCGCCCCGGACGAUGCUGUGCGGAUUGAAAUACCAUAUGCUGGCACCCAAACGGAUACAAGACCGCAUUCGCGCCCGGGACCUGACAACAAGUUGAGGACGGUGCCGAUGAGCGGGCGGAAGCCUGGCAGCGGCGGCGCUUUUCUGCCAAGGGAUACCAUUUCUCACACCAAGCAUCAAGGUAAAGCGUUUCAAACAAAUAGCUUUGGGGGGAAAGGCACGGGUGCACAUCGAAAUGAGCUCGCGGUUGAGAUUUCGAGGGGUGAAAACGUUAGAAAAGACGCGAAUGACUUUACGGAGGACGAUCGCCCAACCAAGAGACAGAGGCUGAACGAAUCAGAGCAAAGAGACGACGGGAAAGGCUCGCAAAUGGGCGGCAAAACUGCCGACGUAGAGGUUACUCGUGUGUCUAAGGCUUCAGGGCAUACCGCUCCUCAAACGAGGCGAAUUGGCAGCGUCGUGUCUUCCCGCCUGCUAAGUCCUUGGGAAGUUAGCGGAGCCCAGGAAUCUAGACAACUUGACAGAUUGCUUGAGCGUCCCGCUAGACAGCAGCCAACGAUACGAAAUUUCGAUACGGUAAUGAUUCAAGCUAGCAAGCCGGCUAAUUACACUUCCUCAUCUGCAAGGAAACCGGACAUUGGUCGGGAGGUUCUCGAGAUUUCAGACGACGAAAGCACUAACCGACAGAGUGUUGGAACGUACGAGCGGCCGUCGAAGAGACCGUUUGAUGGGGCCGAGGUGGCCACAGAGGCUCAGUGCAGAACGAAGAUCAACCAAGCGACCGGCUUGAGCGAAUUCUACCGUAUGCACGACCGAGUGAGGAAUCCUAAGAAGCCAAGGAUUUUGCGGAAUUUUGAGAUCGAAGAUGAAGAUGUGGAACCUUCAACCAUCCUUAAGUCACAGGUUCUAAAUGUUCUAGGGCCAAAAAGAAGCACCGCUCAUGGUCUCGAUUCAAAGAAGCAGGCUCAAUUGCUUGAUCAUAGUAGUCGUGGAGAGGCCCGUGAAUUGAUCCAAUCUGCUAGAAGACAAAGCCCUACGAGAAGUCCUUCCAGGAAAGGCCCUCCGAAACGUUGGCCCAGCUCACCGCAGCAGAAAUCGGAAGACACUGACCAAGAGGAUGAGCUGCACGGCAACGGCAGCAUGCCAGGCUCAUUUCUUCCGGAGAAAUCUUCAACACGGAAACCAACGGCAGCUUUGAAGCGGCUGAGCGGCAAACAAAGGCCACAUGAGCAGAAAAGUUUCAGUGUUGCAAAAUUGGUGGAUGCCAAUGGCGUUGUAUGGGAAAAUUUCGAAUUCAUGCAGCUUCAGAUCGAUGCUGGCGAUUCUUACCAUAACGCUGUGCUGCUCGAUCAGAACGGAAAACCAGUCACUCCUGGAUGCAGUUUGGAUUUGCGGAACACCCGCAAGGUAGUGUACUCGACUGAUCCACAGUCUUCAAUCAUGCGACUAGAGCUUGGUGGCACAGACCGAGUCGACAUAGAGUUCCACGACCAUGACGUGCAGAAUCAGUUCCUGGAAGCCGUGAAAGAUUUGACGACGAUCAAGGAUGAGUUAAAGAACAAAACAGCCGCAUGGAUGAAGGGUGUGUUUGGAAAGCGAGACGCACCAAAGCAGCCUUCUAUCGAAGUUAUUGAUGAUGGCGUGGAGCAAGAAGUAUUAGCGAAGCGUGUUGAAAGAAAUACCCUAGCCAUGGGCCAAGCGAAACAUGCUGCUGUUGAAGAUAGCCGACCACGCUCACGACGUACGCUUAUCUCUCAAAUGAAGGCAAAUGAAGCAUCAAAUAACCAGACUACAAUGGCUUCAGCCCUAGAGCCGGCGGAACGACGGAGUACUAGGCUCGAUGCUAGCAAUGACGUUAUUUUGCCUUCAGCUCUUAGAUCGACGAGAACGUCCAUGAGAACACAAAAAGCAACAUCGCCUUCGUCUGAACCGCACUUCGAGCGUUACUCAAAGACGCACGGUUUAGGUCGCCCAUGGGAACAACCACUUGUGUACCCAGAAGUUGGCAAGAAACGUGCCACUGUGAACUUUGCAGAUCUCGAACGCCUGGAUGAGGGAGAACUCCUUAACGACAACCUUCUUGAGUUCUACAUUCGUUGGCUUCAAGAGAAUCGGAAGGACAAGCUCAAGCCGCAUACCGCGUACUUCUUCAAUACAUUCUUCUACACAGUUCUUUCCGACACGUCCUCACUCUCAAGACUUCAACGAGCAGGCUCUAGCAUCAACUUUUCCGCUGUCGAGCGUUGGACUGCGAAGGACGAUAUUUUCAGCUACGAUUUCGUCAUUGUGCCUGUCAACGAAGCGAUGCAUUGGUAUCUGGCGAUCAUUUGCAACUUGCCCAACCUGCUACCAAGAGUCGAGAAUGCAAUAGAGAAAGACUUGCAUAUAGGCUUAGAAGCUCAAGCUGAUGACAAGAAAAGCUCCUCACAAUCUGUCAAGUUGUUGGACUCGCCAGAUGCUCGAAUUCCUGAUGAGAGUACUUCGGAGGUUGUUGAAGUGGAUGGCACAGAGGCGGAAGAGCCGAGAGUCGACGCGAUCGGAGCUGGCAAUUCUUCAAGAUCAACUCCUAACGAACCAGCCAACCGAUCUGUUGGAAUGAAGACAGGCUCUCCCAUAUCGCAGAAAGAAAACCGCGAGGCAGGACGUGGAUCGAAGACCGCUGAGAUCGUGGUUGAAAGCGAGAGGACUUUUGAUUUGGAUGAAGUCCUAUCCAAAUCAGUCAGACCGUCCGCCCCUGACAGCCAAGGGUCAAGUCAAGUGGAGAAUUCUCAGAUUAACACGUCUCAAAUGUCGGACGGCCUUUUCGGAAACGCCACUCCCUCAUCCGGAAAUAGGCAGAAAAAGGGCAGACGAAAGUCAGCUCCUCCACUCCGAAGAUACAACACCGCUCAGCCCAUGAUAGUGAUCAUGGACCCGAUGGGAACGGCGCAUCCCAGAACAGUUGCCGCACUCAAAGAGUACUUGGUUGCCGAGGCCAAACAGAAGCGGGACAUGAAUAUUGAUCGGGAUAACAUUAAGAGCAUGACGGCAAGAGCAGGCAUCCCUCAGCAGAACAAUUACUAUGACUGCGGUAUUUAUGUCCUUGGCUAUCUUGACAAAUUCAUGGAAGACCCUCAAGAAUUCGGCCGGAAGCUGCUCUCCAGAGAGUUUGAUCUGCAUGUGGACUGGCCGGAGAUGCAGCCUACAAAAAUGAGGGCACAGAUGCGGGGUAUGCUUCAGGAAUUGGCCAAGCAACAACAAGAGGCUAGAGCCGCCAAAGCGGCGGCGAGGAGAGCGGCAAAGGCACGAGCUAAGGCUUCAAUUUCAAACACAUUGGCCCCUCUUUCCGCCCAAAAAGUGUCUUCAUUGCCUGCAGGGCAAGAAAAAGCCGCUACCAUCUCAGCUCCCACAAAGCAGUGGUCACCAGAGUCGAAACCUUCCGAGGAAGUGCAAAGCGAUAGGCCACUUCCUUUGUAAGAGCAAGCACCCAUUAGCUCAGCAGCCAAGCGAGAUCACCCAGCACAAUCCACUACUGGGGUAGCGAACCCCAGUGACAGAACGCAUAUUGAAAACUUAGGGAAGCAUGAUCUAAAGAAACUCGAUGUUUUGGAGCAACCCGGACUGCUUCGCAUCUUAACACGGACUCAAAUGGUUAUCAGUCGAACCAUGCUUUGCAAUAUAUCCUGGAGUCUCAGACUUCAAGUGGAGAAGACAAUGUUGGGGUCUACCGAGAUCACAAUGAUGGUGAUGACGGCCAGUGAUCAGUUUAGAGUGAAUAAAUCGAAGGGACGGGCAUUAAUGCCGUGAAAGGGGGUCAGGAAACUUUUGGUUUAGGUCACGCAUAGCUACGACACGACGCGAACGUGUCUAGAUACUGAAUUCUGUGAAUAUGAAUUGCUUGCCGUACACACAAGUGAAUGAUUAAUAGCUAUAAACGUGCAGCAGCACGACAGGAUAGGUGUGAAUAACAGAUUCGUUC